UGUGCUGUGUCCCUCGGACACAGCGGAUCACCGAUCAAUGGAAACCGCCAAAGAUGUCGGCUCGGUCAUGUGACAGCUGUGUCCAAUCACAGCUGAUCGCAUGGGACAUCUACACUGAUCAUCAGGGCACAGAUGAUCAGUGUGCCCUGAUGAUCAGUGUAGCCCCAGCAGUGCCACCUGUCAGUGUCCAUCAGUGCCAUCUGUCAGUGCUCAUCCAUGCCACCUGCCAGUGCCCAUCAGUGCCACAUCAAUGCCACAUAUCAGUGCCUACCAGUGCACAUCAAUGCCACAUAUCAGUGCCCAUUUGAGCUGCCUUUCAGUGUCACUUGUCAGUGCCACCUAUCAAUGCCAGUCAGUGCCACCUAUCAAUGCUGCCAAUCAGUG